CCAGACGACCGCAGAGGACCACAGUGACGCAGUAUCGGAAAGCGAAAGUUAUUCCUGUAAAAGUUAUCAAACAGCUGGAUACUGAGUAAAUUAUAUGGACUUGGGAAUUAAUAUUAUUCGGGCACUCAGAUCGACUUUACACAUUGUACAAACGAAUAUGGGCUGUAAAGCUCGGUCAAGUUUUCCAAUCCCUAAGGAAAGAGAUUUGUGAAGAAGAAGCUCGGCAGCCAAGCUGCGUUGUAUGCGAGAAACGCUAGAACAGGACGCUGAUUGAAUCUGUGUCCGGACUUGUGUUUGCAGUCUUGUGCAAAAGUGCGAAAUUGCAACGAGUCAUCGGUAUUUUGCAGAAGAAUUCCAACCGAACUAAUAAUGAAGAGGAAAGCAGAUUUUUUUAGCAGUCUGAAGAAGCCAAGAACACAGAUUGAAGAACUUGGACUAACCUUGAGCUCCACUUCAGAUGAUGAGCCACAAUCUAACAGCCGCGUUAGCCAAGAUACAACAAGCAGUGAUAGUGACUCGGGCAGUGAUUUGGGAGAAAAUCGACCUGUCUUCAGUUCUAGUGCACCAUCUUUACAGAAUGCAUCGGAAAUUAUGUCACUUAAUACAGAAGCGUCAUCCAGUCGCUAUUCUAUGUAUAACAGUGUUUCCCAGAAACUUAUGGCCAAAAUGGGUUUUAGGGAAGGAGAAGGUCUUGGAAAGUAUGGACAAGGCCGAAAGGAUAUUGUUGAAACAUCUACACAGCGUGGCAGACGUGGUCUGGGGCUCAUUUUGAAGGGUUUUGAGGGAGAUCUUAAUGUAGACUGGCAGAAUGAACCAGAGGCAAGUGCUAUUGAAGAACUUGAGUGGUUCCCAGAAUGUACAGCAGAGUUUCCAGAUGCUGCAGAGCUCAGGGAAUGGAUGACUGUUGGUAAUAGGAAGAUGGAGAUUGAUGAUGAAACUGAAUUUUGCAAGGAAGACCUGUUGCACAAAUUGUUACGCUGCAAGAGUGUAUUUGAUGAGUUGGAAGGAGAAGAGAUGCGUCGUGCUCGGACGCGAGCCAAUCCUUAUGAAACUAUUCGUGGAGCCUUCUUUUUAAAUAGGGCAGCAAUGAAGAUGGCCAACAUUGAUUACGUAUUUGACUUCAUGUUUACUAACCCAAAGGAUGCAUCUGGGAAGCCAUUGGUGAAGGAUUGGAGCCCUGAACUACUAUAUUUUGCAGAUGUUUGUGCAGGACCUGGAGGUUUUUCAGAGUAUGUCCUUUGGAGGCGAAGGUGGCAUGCCAAGGGAUUUGGUAUGACUUUAAAGGGUCCCAAUGACUUCAAGUUGGAAGACUUCUUUGCAGCUCCAAGUGAACUAUUUGAACCCUACUAUGGAGAGGGAGGAGUGGAUGGGGAUGGUGACAUCACGCGGCCAGAGAACAUCACUGCAUUUCGAAACUUUGUUUUAGAAAACACUGAUGGCAAAGGAGUGCAUUUUCUUAUGGCUGAUGGGGGUUUUUCUGUUGAAGGACAGGAGAAUAUUCAAGAAAUCUUGAGCAAACAGCUUUUGCUCUGUCAGUUUCUGACGGGACUCUCUGUUAUCAGAACUGGAGGGCACUUCCUGUGUAAAACAUUUGACCUUUUCACCCCAUUUAGUGUGGGACUUUUAUACCUACUGUACUGCUGUUUUGACCGUAUUUCUCUGUUUAAACCAGUCACCAGCCGACCAGCCAACUCUGAAAGGUAUGUGGUCUGCCGAGGUUUAAAGCCAAGAAUUGAUGCUGUCCGUGAUUACUUAUUUAAUGUGAACCUUAAACUUAACCAGCUCAGAAAUACAGACAGGGAUGUGAACCUGGUUGUCCCUCUGGAUAUAAUGAAGACUGAUGUGGACUUCUUUGACUAUAUGAUUCAGUCCAAUGAGAGACAUUGUAGCACACAGAUUAAAGCUCUUGCAAAAAUUCGUGGAUUUGUUUUGGACAAUAAUUUGUCAGAGCCCAAGCAAGCAGACAUUCGAAAGGAGUGUUUCAAACUCUGGGGGAUUCCAGACCAAGCAAGAGUUGCACCUUUCUCAUCUGAUCCAAAAUCUAAAUUCUUUGAACUCAUUAAGGACAGUGAUACAGAAUCAUUCAGCUUCAGACCAACAGCACUUACUUCCAAGACAAUUGAUAAAAUACACCACGUUCUUGAUUAUAGAUGCAUGGUUGGAGGAGGAGAGCAAGUGUUUCUGUUGGGACUUGGUAAAUCACAGAUAUAUAUCUGGGAUGGAAAGCCGCCACUUCGCUGGAAAAAGUUGGAAAACUUUAAGACAGAAUUGCCUAGAGAUACUCUUCUAUCAGCAGAGAUCAUUCAGGAAUUAAAAGGAGAGGGCAAAGCUCAGAGAAGAAUCUGUUCCAUUCAUAUACUUGAUGCACUUAUUCUAAAUGGCACUGACAUUCGUGAUCAGCAUUUUAACCUGAGAAUUCAAAUGGCAGAAAAGUUUGUAAAAGCUGUUUCUAAACUGAGUCGUCCAGACAUGAACCCCAUUCGAGUGAAAGAUGUAUAUAGAUUGGAAGAGAUGGAGAAGAUCUUUGUAAGACUAGAGAUGAAGUUAACAAAAAGCUCUGGUGGAAUUCCUCGGUUGUCUUACACAGGCCGAGACGACAGGCACUUCCUACCCACUGGUCUUUAUAUCAUCAAGACUGUGAAUGAUCCAUGGACAAUGGCAUAUAGUAAAACCUCCAAAAGAAAGUUCUUUUACAACAAGUUAACCACAAAGUCAACUUAUGACAUGCCAAGUGAUGCUAUUGCUUCAUUCAAUUCCUGCCACUUUGAACGGCUCUUUUGGGCAUGGGAAGAAGGUGUCAAAGUUCAUGAUUCUCAGUCAAGAAUAGAUUCUGACAAGCUGUCAAAAGAAGAUGUACUGUCAUUUAUUCGGAAGCACUACCAACUGUAAACGUGGUGUAGAAAUAUAGAUUUGUGUACUUUACUAGCUCUCCAUCAAAAAGACUACCUUUUUUCACUCGUAACAGAAACGGAUAAAGUCUUCAAACAAGCAUGCUUCAUUAUUAAAAUGUUACAUGUGUAAAAUUCUGCAGAAGAAUCAAGGUUUCAGUUAAAAUUCACUUGCCUCUUGAAGCUUUCAUUUGUAAAUGUUGGAAUAAGGUUGCUUAUUUUGUAAACACCAACUUUGCCCUGACCAACGAUGAAUUGCCUUCACAGAACUACUGAAUUUAUAUCAAUUUUGUUCAGACGAUAUUGAAAUGGCAAGGUAUUCUUUGGCAACUUUUUCCAUGUCUAGUCACUUGACUUGAAUAUUUUCUUUUGAAAUGGCACCAGGACGUAACAUAUUUUUAAAGGAUAUAUAACCAGUUUAAGAACAAAAGAUAAAAAUUAGUUAUGAUUUGGAACCAUGUCGUCAUUAUCACCUAAAAGGGUUUGUUCCUUGGAAUGAUUUUGCAUUCAUCUAUGUUACUUAAUACCUUGUUGCAUAAAAUAUGAUUCCAGAACUUGGAUUGGACUCUGCAGCAGUAAACUUGGUUUAGGCUGCCACCGUAACCACUUGCUUACAUUUCACGGAUUGCUGUAAGACACAGUAAAUGGGUGUACUUUUAUGUUGUAAUCUGGAGACAUUUUGGAUGCAUUGGCUUUUGUUGAUUUCUUUGUUUGUCCAUUCUGAAAAUGCUGAUUGGUACAAAUAGUCAACUAUUGCCAUAAAGAACUGGAAAGCACCCACUGUGUUUCUGUGUUUGCUACUACCAUCGAUCUAUAUACGAUGCACUGUUUGCUGAAUGUUGUUAUUGAGAACAUCUUUAUCUUUCUCAAAUCAGUAAAGGUAACAAGCAGUUUAUCAUAACCAAAGUUUUAUUUUUGUUCUGUUUUAUUUGGUAUCAGACAUGAGUUAAUUGUUACAAGCCAUUUGACAGAAGGUCCUAUUUGUGAAAUAAAUAGUGGUGUUCAAAGAUGUUUAAUUCAA